AUGGGGGGUUAUACCAGCAAGUACGAUGUUAAGGAACCGUUCAUCGAUGAUUUUAGUAUUUUAGAUCAAUUUGUAAUGCCGCAAUUGCAACAGCGAAUGGUUAGCAACACCAUGCAUCGUUGUUUACAACAAUCGCAAGAAAGUAAUGACCCGCAUUCUAAUUUUCAAUUGGGAUACAUCUAUCAUCACGGUACUGGCAAUACACAGGUCGACUUAGAAAAAGCUUUUCAAUAUUAUCAGUUAGCUGCAGAGGCUGAUCAUCCAACUGCUAUGUAUUAUGUAUGCCAAUUGUACGGUAGUGAAGAGAAAAAUUCAUCCCAUGUCAAAUUCCUCAAAGAAAAGGAUUUGGUAGCCAUGAAAGUCAAGGCAUAUGUAGCAUCGGCUGCUCAAGAUGCAUUUUAUUCCAAGGCACACAUUGACUUACGAGAAACGUUUAAAGCAUCUCAGGCAUGGCAAGAGGAAUUAAUUAAAUUGAAAAAUCGCUAUCUUAAGCAAGUGGCUCAAGCAAGUAAAAAAAAUCACGACGAAGAAGAUUUAGAAUUGGCUAAAGUCUACAACGAAUUAGGUUAUGUUAUGCUUAGAUUGAAUAUCAAAGGUGAAUCGACUGUAUCUCAAGAUGCCAAAAGCUACUUUGAGAAAGCUGCAAAAUUAGGCAACCCUGCCGGUUAUUGGAAUAUUGGCUACUUAAUGUAUUACCAUGGUUUUGGUGUCGAGAAAGAUAGUGAACGGGUAAAAGAAUACUUUGAGAAAGCAGCAAAACAACAACAUCCAAGAGCCGAACUGAUUCUAGCCCGUAAUUUUUAUGAUAGUGAUGAAGUGGGUAAGGAUGAGGCCAUCGAAAGAGCACAUCAGUUAUAUCUGUCAUCAGCAAGAUAUGCUUUUGCAUCCACCUUAUAUUGUCUAGGUAAGAUGUACAUUUUAGGUAAAGGCGAGAUCGAACAAGACUUUACUUUGGCCAAUCAGUAUUUAGAGCAAGCAGCAUCAUCAGUCGAUUAUGAAGACGGUAAUGGCAAACCCAAGGCUCUUUUUUGUUUGGGCUACAUGUAUGAAAAAGGCCUUGGAGUACAAGUUGAUUAUAACGUGGCAUGUCACUGUUAUGCUAGUGCGGCAAAGAUGAAAUUUUCUCCGUCGCUUUGUCGCCUGGCAAAACUAGUCGAAAAAAGUAAAGUCACAAUGGCCGAUAUCAGCGUUGCUUUACAAUUAUAUCAGACUGCAUCAGAAUCGGAAAUUUUAGAUGGUGCUAUUUAUUCAUCUUAUCGCUUGGGUAAAAUUUACAACAAUCCUCAAUAUGCUAAUCUGUAUGAUCCUGAAAAGGCGAGACGCUACUUUGUUAAAUCACAAGCCAAUUACUUCUAUUUAUCCAAAAUUCAUGACGUAAAAACUGUGUGCCAGUUAUACCAUUUGGGUAUUAUGUACGAGAAUGGAUAUGGUGUCAUGAUGGACGUUAAUCACGCCAUCAAAUUCUAUCGUGAGGCCGUCAACAUCUCUAUGGGAACCUAUAGCAUUAGCGAGAAGCAUUACGGUGAAAAAGCGAAGAAAAAAUAUGCUAAAUUGAUCAGUUUGCAAGCUAUCAAUGUUACCAGCGUUAUAAUUGAAGAAGAGGAGUUAAUCGAAGAUAACUUGCCAGCCGAAGAUAAAUCGUCCGCCGAAGAUAAAUCGUCCGCAGAAGAUAAAUCGUCCGCAGAAGAAAAAUCGUCUGCCGAAGAAAAAUCCAUCGAAGAAAAUUCAAUCAAUGAAGAUAUACACUUGGACAGUCAAGAAUAA